AUGACACUUAUGAGUAAGAUGGAGAUUGAUGAGAAGAAUGUUAAGGGAGAAGGUUUUAAACCAUAUUAUAUUACAAAGAUUGAGGAAUUACAAUUAAUUGUUGCUGAAAAAAGUCAAAAUUUAAGAAGAUUGCAGGCACAACGUAAUGAACUCAAUGCAAAAGUACGUAUGCUGCGAGAGGAAUUACAACUUUUACAAGAACAAGGCUCAUAUGUAGGGGAGGUAGUUAAACCUAUGGACAAAAAGAAAGUUUUAGUCAAAGUACAUCCUGAGGGCAAGUUUGUGGUGGACAUAGAUAAAAAUAUUGAUAUUAAUGAUGUGACACCGAAUUCACGAGUAGCUUUGCGCAAUGAAAGUUAUACUCUGCAUAAGAUAUUGCCAAAUAAAGUUGAUCCACUUGUGUCACUUAUGAUGGUGGAAAAAGUACCAGAUUCUACAUAUGAAAUGGUUGGAGGUUUAGAUAAGCAGAUAAAGGAAAUAAAAGAAGUUAUAGAAUUGCCAGUCAAGCAUCCAGAAUUGUUUGAUGCUCUUGGAAUUGCGCAACCUAAAGGUGUAUUAUUGUAUGGACCACCAGGUACUGGUAAAACUUUACUUGCGAGAGCAGUGGCACAUCAUACAGAAUGCACCUUUAUUCGUGUAUCUGGUUCUGAAUUGGUACAGAAAUUUAUUGGAGAAGGUUCACGUAUGGUUCGUGAACUUUUUGUGAUGGCAAGAGAACAUGCACCAUCUAUAAUAUUUAUGGAUGAAAUUGAUUCCAUUGGAAGUUCCCGAAUUGAAUCAGGAUCUGGUGGCGAUAGUGAAGUUCAACGAACUAUGUUAGAAUUGCUUAAUCAAUUGGAUGGUUUUGAGGCAACAAAAAACAUAAAAGUCAUUAUGGCUACAAAUAGAAUUGAUAUCUUAGAUCCUGCUUUAUUACGUCCUGGACGUAUUGAUCGUAAGAUUGAAUUUCCACCUCCAAAUGAAGAGGCUAGAUUGGACAUCUUAAAGAUUCAUUCUAGAAAAAUGAAUUUGACACGCGGAAUAAAUUUAAGGAAAAUAGCUGAACUUAUGCCAGGUGCAUCAGGAGCAGAAGUUAAGGGUGUUUGCACGGAAGCUGGAAUGUAUGCUCUUAGAGAACGUCGUGUUCAUGUAACUCAAGAAGAUUUUGAGAUGGCUGUAGCAAAGGUGAUGCAGAAAGACUCCGAAAAAAAUAUGUCUAUCAAAAAAUUAUGGAAAUAAAUCAUUUUCAUAUUUUUUUCAAUA